AUGAUUGUUCGGUUAUAUUUUCUGGCUGCUUUGAUAAGCAUUGGCGCAGUUGAUCCAGAUUCUGAUCAAGAUAUAUGUUUCAAAGGCGCUAGAAGUUGUGGUUCCUGUCUAGUACUGCAUCAUGAAUGUGCAUGGUGUCUUGAUCCGGAUUUUAUGGGUUCAACGCGAUGUAUGCAACAAUCAAAAUUAAAAACUAAGUGCGAUAAUUCGUUUAUUCACGCUCCAAAAUCUCAGCUAGCAGUCGCAAAAAAUGUAUAG